CGCUUCUUCACACAUCACACACGCCGUCACCAUUCCACGAGAACCCACCUUUUAUACUCUCAGUCCCCUCUGAAAGAUCUCUCUCGCACUCUCUACAUUCUAUAAAGACUAAACCUAUCUUUUAAAAAGGUUUUCUCAUCAACUUCAAAGCUCGGAAACCGAUCUCUAUCUCGGUCAUGGCGACAAAACCAACUGAAGAAGCUUUCGAACCCCUGAAAUACCAGACAUGGGUUUUGAAAGUAUCCAUCCACUGCGAAGGCUGCAAGAGAAAGGUCAAGAAGGUGCUUCAGGGAAUCGAAGGGGUUUACACAACAACGAUCGAUUCGCCGCAACAAAAAGUUAUAGUGACCGGAAACGUCGAUGCUGAGACCCUGAUCAGAAAGCUUCUGAAAACAGGGAAGCACGCGGAGCUCUGGCCUGAGAAAGCUGAGAAGAAGAAGAAAAAAGGAAAGGGGAAGAAUGACGAGAAACAAAGUGCCGAGGGUGAGAACAAAUCCCCAGAGAACGUUGAUUCCAAAACUGCCUCCUCCGAUACUGAGAAAAGUGAAGACGUAACCGCCGGCAAAAGUAGCGAAGCAAACACCAAAAACAACGGCGGCGCUCAGUGCAAAGAAGCGGCGAAAGGUGAAGGAAAGAAGGUAGAGAAUUCUCCCGCCGGCAAUCACUCCCAAGUUGUGGAUCCAGAAGGAGAAAGCAGUGAAAGCGACGACGGAGGAGCUGCUUCUGCAACUGAGAAAAGCGGCGGUGGCAAUGGAGGUAAAAAGAAGAAGAAGAAGAAGAAGAAGGCGAAAAAGGUCAAUUUCGCCAACAACGAAGGCGGAGGUGAAACUUCCGGCGCUACAGCUGCAAACACUGGAUCAGUCGCUGCAUCUGGUCCGGUCCAUUCGGGUCCAACCCCAACUCCAACUCCGGUGUCCAUCAAUGUCAGCCCUCCACGUCAGCAACCAUACUCCUAUACUACCUACGUGGCUUCCCCUGCAUACGCCGUGAAUUACCAUACGGCGUAUCCUAACUCCAGCUACGGUGCAUCCUCCUACUACGCUAACCCACCGCCGUAUUCAUAUGCGUACACGUCUGCGGAAUCGUACACAUCGGCGGAAUCUUACUCAAUGCCACGGCAGUCGUCGGAUUCGGAUUCUUUCGAGAUGUUCAGCGAUGAGAACCCGAAUGGUUGCGUGGUUAUGUGACCGGCGGUUCGACUGCUCGCUCGGCGUACCGGAAAUCACGGCAAUCAAUGUUGGUUUUCCGGCCAUGGAACUUCACCUUAUGAGGGAUUAAAGUUUAGCUUAACUUAAGCUUAUCGUAUAGUGGUUUUGUACCUUUUUGUAACAAUGUACAUGGAUGGUUAAGGAAUAUUAGAGUUGAUGAACCAAUAAGAUUGGUUUUUUGUUUUGGGGGUUAUGAUAGUUAAUCCUUGUUUAGCAUUUUUAACUACUUGGUUUGCUCAAAAUGUCAUUCUCCUUGUAAUGAAUAGUUGUCGGUGGGAGUAUCUCUCUCUCUCUCUCU